AUGGACGAUGCCCUGCUGUGCCAAGGCACCACGUUUACAUCUCAGAACGCAGCAGGUGACUCAGGGAGGACUUUCCGGGAGCAUCAGGUGGCCACCACACGGAAUCUCAUCCAGGGUUUGCACUAUGAAGACAUGUCUCCUAUAAAUAGGGGGGGCAGAUGCCGCCCGUUGCCAUUAAGAGCACUCGUUUACCGGCGGGGAAACGCCGUUGGCCCCCGGCGGGGCCCUGAGGAGCCCGGGGUGACCGGCGGGGAGGCGGAGGAGGCGCUGAAGGCCGCGGAGGCGGCGGCGGGCCCGGCGGUGGUGAACGGCAGCCGGUUGCUCGCCGAGCCGGCCGGAGCCCCCGGCAACCACAGCGGGGCCCAGCUCAGCCCCGUCCCCGCGCUGCUCCGAGACCUCUCCGCGCUCAAGGCCGCCGUCAUCGGGGCCUGCGCCCUCACGGCCGCCCUCAUCGCCUGCCUCCUGCUCCGCGUCUUCAGGUCUGGCAAGAGGAUUAAGAAGACCAGGAAGUACGACAUAAUCACCACUCCAGCCGAGCGGGUAGAAAUGGCUCCUCUGAACGAAGAAGACGAUGAAGACGAAGACUCAACAGUGUUUGAUGUGAAAUACAGGUAAAGCAGCUCCGCGGAGCGUUGGUGCCCUGCAAGAUGUCAUUCUGCUGUCGAGGGACCUGCUGAAGCCAUAACUGUGAAAGGGGAGGCUUUCAUCUCUGCAGCGUUACGACCAAACCGAGCCUCAUCUCCUCCAGGUGCUGUUUGUACAGCAGGCUAUGGAUCUUCUGACCAAAAUGUCACCAUUCAGUUCCCUGGUUUCCAAACUGCUGGAUUGGAAUGACCAGAGCUCCUCUUUGCAAACUCAGCUCUGUCUUGCUUUAGGAAGGCUGCGGCGUCACUAAAGCAUGAGAAAAAGCAGCCCUAUGUACUUGCAGCUCAUCAUGGUCUAAAUAACUUUUGAAGAAGGAAGAAGAAAAGGAAGAUUGAACCAAGCUGCCCCAAGGACUUAUUUUCUAAAAUCCUCAUUCAAUGCUUCAGUCACUGUUAAACUUUGGUCACUGUUAAACAGAUCAUGUGCUUAAAAAAAAAAAUAUGAAAGGUGUAUUAUUUGGGACUUACAGAGGCGACUUAUGACUUUAGUUGAUAGAAAUGUAAGCCAUGCUGAAAUGCCACACUGUCUGUUUAGUGUAGGAUUUUUGGGGGAGGGGGUGAGAGAUUGACUCAUAUAGAAAAUUUUCUUGACUUGCUACUGAUUUUUUUUUUUUGAAAAAAACAACAAUUGCACUAAGCUUUCAUGAUGACAUUCUCAUUGUCCCAAGGAGCUCUGAUCAGACCAACUUGAAUAAAUGAGACCACAGGGAAAUAGGAAGAAUCAGGCAUGCCCUAAACUACAACAAUCUUGGAUUAAAGAAGAUAUAUUUUUGUAAUUUUCUUCCCUUCCACAGGGAGUGAAAACAGUGUUUUGUACGGUCCUGUGCUUACUGUAACUUGUCUACAAUUCAUCUAUAUGACCUUUUUUCUAAGCAAAAUAAGGCUUUGUGUGGAAUGAUUAGAUUGCAGAAAGAACACCUCUUGUUUUUCACGGGAGCUUCAUGUAAGUGAUCUUAAUCUGUAUCAAACUGGAAGUUUUUCCCCUACCACCUGCUCGACAAAUCCCAUUUAACUCAAGGAUGCGUUUUUAACCAUGGCUCCCUGCUGUGCUUUGUGCUGCAGAGGUCAGAGCUGUGGGAUGACACCACGAGAAUUAGAUUACUGCGUCGGGAUGGAUUGGUUUCAGAAGACCGCAAGCGUGUACGCUUUCCAGGCCAUCGUUAGAAAGGGCAAACCUAACUGGUUUAGUUUCUUUACUUUGUGGUUUUCCGUUAAAGUAACCACAGAUGCAGUUCAGACUUCUCUUUGACGUGUUUAUUCUCUGUUUACUGCACCCCUUAACACCUUUUAUUUUGGGUUAUUAAGCUGGCUGGAACCUUGCUUUUCUUGGGGAAUGCAUGUUUUCCAAUUUUUUAGGAUUUUCCCACUGUUUGCUUGACCGUCUACUGGUUUCCUGCAGUUACAGCCCCUCAAGGAGACCGCAGAGUAUCUGGCAAAGCACCAUCCUUGCAGCAAGCUGCCAGUUUGGGUUUUUUUUCUUUUUUUUUGAAAGCCAAUUGGGAUUUGAGGCUUGCUGAGAACACGGAGCUGCUUUGUCAUCAUACCACAACCUACGGCAGUUCUGCACGGUUCCCCUGGGCCCUGCAGUCAGUAAAAGAGGUGAAGGGGAAUUUUUUUAAUUUUUUUUUUUUUCUUCUUUCCAGCAGCAUUGUGCUUUCCUCAAAGCAGCUCCCAUAUCACAGCUUGCUUUCCCUCGCCAUGAAUCAGCAGAAGCUUUGCAAACAGCCCACUCAGCCCGGAUGGAAAAAUCCCACAGCAGACUGUUGUGUUAAUAUUAGUCAUCGAGGCAAUAUAAAAAUGCUGUGUUAUUUUCAUUCAUGGAAUGAACUGGAGUCAUUCCAUAUUACCAUUACUAAGCAAUAUUUAUCGUGUCGACUGCCAGGUGAGGAUGGGGCCAAGCAGGUUGUGUUCCUGGUGGGAAUUGCAGGGACGGGUGAGCUGAAUGAUGUUCAGGGUAGAGAUAAGAUCUGGGGCUCUUUCCCUGCCGAGGUAAAACAAGUUUCAGACUCAGGCUAGAUGAUUCUGAAGGAAAUAUUGUGUCUUUUCAGGACUAAAGUACUUUGAAGACCGGGAAUUGAACUUCUUAGGCAGACCAAGUCCUUCUGAAGUCAAGAGAAGUGGCAAUGCUGAGAGGAGAGAGGUUAAAAGCUUCUGUUUGCAUUUGUGGAAGGAGGCGAUGGAGUGAGGUGGCUGUCCUGGCUGAGCAGACACCAUGGUAACGUGGUCAUGUCCACUCUUCUGCCAAACUCAUUAAGCAGAGCAUCAGGCAUGCUGGAAGGAAGAGUGGUGGAGAGGGAACGAAGCCUUCUCUGUGCACAAAAGAAAGGAGAGACCAAGUUAUGUAGGAGAGAGACGAGAGGUAAAGGUGGAUAAAGGGCACUUCUCCUUUCUGAGGGUGAGUCAGUCCUUGAAAUCGGGAGUUCUUCCACCAACUUGAGGUCACUUGCUGAGUUGGGCUGGCAAAAGCCAGCAGCUUUCCUUGCUUGGGGCUAAAAGUUCCUACUGUUUCCAUAACGUGGCCAAACAUCAAUGGUAGACAGGGACCAGGUAUUUAAGACAUUGGAGAUAGAAGUGUCCAGCUGCUGCUGGGAUGCUCCAGCUCCUUGGAGAAGGUCCCAAACUGUGUGCCAUAAGCUAAAAAGUGCUUAUGGGGAAGAAGCAGCUGCUUGGUAGAAAUAAAAGGCCAACCUCACCAGUUGCUCACGGUCUUGACAAUAAUCAGAAUGCUUUGUUUGAUACUCAGUUGCUGUUGCAAAUGUGAGGCAAUGUUUACCUCUACAAAAGUUGCUGUAUGUGAUUUCAAGUGUCUGGUUAAAUAUUCUAUAGCUAUAUUUAGUUAAGAUUUUAAGAGCACUUGAUGUGACUCAUCUAAUAGUAUAUAUAUGAAUAUUUUUUUAAUGGUAGGAAUUAGUUUAAAACAUAGUUUAUAUAAUUUGGACUGUUGGGUGCAGGUAGUUCUAGGAGUUCGUUGGAGAAGAAAUAGCCAUUAACCACUACAUGAAUGUUUUACCUUAAUGUUCUGUGUAUCUUACACUGCAGAUUCAAUCUCAUCGUGACUGUAAUGUGUCUUAGUAUCUGCUGCUGUUUUGCAUCGUGCAGUCAGACUUGCUUUGUUCAAGAGCAUUUUUAAAUGCGUAUUUUUUUUUGUUACAGAAAAUGAAAAGAGAAACAUUAUUAAAGAUGUCUGCCUGUAGCUUUCUCAUUGCUUACAAAAUCCACCCACUGGUAGCAGAGUCAAACGGAGCAAGGAAAUUAGAGACUUUCCUAUUUGUGUGUGCUGGGGGGGGAAAAACCCUGCACAGAAUUGCAGCCUCUUUACUCCAGCCACAGCUGGGUCUCUGGAGGUUACAUUUGAGAAGCCAGCGUUUGCUGUGCUGUGCUUGCCCGCAGAAUUAAGUCAGAAGUGCACAGAUAACUUUCUGUUUGGGUUUUGGGGUAUUUCUUUUUUUCCCUUUUCCCCCUGAAAGAUGUGGAGAUGAUGGCAGAUGCUCAUUUAGCAUUCUAACUUUUGCUAUCCUAGUGCUUAUCUCUAGCUCAAGCUAACUUCUAGAGCUCUACAAGCACUAAUGAAGCUGAAACACACGAGCACUAAUGCGUUUGAAUGUUUUGUUCAUAACCAUUCCCUCUAAUUCACUGUAUGUGGAAUAAUCUCUGCAGGGUGACAGACUAUGGUUUUCAUUAGAGUUUUUUUUCUUCUGUUGGAUGAGUUUCUGCUGCUGCGUUUUUUUUGUGUAAGGUGGUGUCAGCACCAUGCGUUUUGUUUUCUGCAAUUGCUUGAACUUUGUUUAAAAAUGUUUGAGAGAAUUUGUCAUUGUGACCAAAGCUUCUUUUUAAGAAAAAAUUGGUAAGACUAGUUUGAAUGGACUUCUGGUGUUUCAGCAGAAACUGCCAUCAUUAAACAUGUUCUUGAAAUCUC